CGCAGGCUGUGCAUCGCAGAACGGCACGAAAUACAAUCCGGGAAGACGAAGGAGAGGAAGAAGAUGCCGAAGCAAAUCCACGAGAUUAAAGACUUUCUCCUGACGGCGAGGAGAAAAGAUGCCCGUUCAGUGAGGAUAAAGAAGAACAAGGACUCCGUCAAGUUCAAGGUCCGCUGCUCCAAGUACCUCUACACCCUCUGCGUCUCCGACUUCGAGAAGGCCAAUAAGCUCAAGCAAUCCCUUCCUCCCGGUCUGAGCGUGCAAGAUCUGUGAGGAGAUGGUACGCUUCUUCGGAUGCUCGGCUUAUAUCUGUAGGUUUAUCUUUUUAUCCGCUCUUUAAUUCGAAAAAAGCAAAUGCGAAGUUGCCAGUUGAGUAUUUCAUGUAACUUUCUAUUCGAUUUCGACAUGUCAUGGAUUUUGAUGCUAGAUUUCGUUCAAUUUUGUUGUUCAUGAAGAGAAAUUUAUAGUGUUAGUGAACUUUCAGCCAAAAAGGAAUGGCUUUGCAAACAUCUAUGUGUCUUAAAUUUGCUAUUUCCUCUGCACAAGGGAAAGAAAACCUCAGUCUCUUA